AUGCUUUCAUUUGAGGAUAUUUGCGCUGCUUCAAAUCGUAUCAGUAGUAUCAUUCAUAAAACACCGGUGAUGACAUCUAGCUAUAUUGAUAGCCUGUGCGGUAUGGAAGUUUAUUUCAAAUGUGAGCAUCUCCAAAAAACUGGUUCAUUCAAAGCACGUGGAGCACUAAAUGCUGUAAAGAUUAUUAUCAAUGAUUCAGAAAAGAAAUCCUCAUCAGUGAUUACUCAUAGCAGUGGUAAUUUUGGACAAGCAUUAGCCUGGGCGGCUAAAAUCCAUAAUAUUCCAUGUGUAGUUGUGGUACCAAAUAAUGCUCCAAUAUCAAAACUUAAUGCCAUGAAAGGUUAUGGAGCUAAUAUUGUACUUUGUGAACCAAAAGACAGAGAAAUGGUAUGUAAAAAUUUUCGUGAUAAUGGUGAAGAUAUUGAAAUGGUUGAUUCACAUGAUGAUUAUAGAGUGAUGGCUGGACAGGGGACAAUAGCAAUAGAGUUCCUGGAGGAAAUUCCUCAUUUAGAUGCAUUAUUAGUAGCGGUUGGUGGAGGUGGUUUGUGUUCUGGUAUAGCUGUAGCCGCAAAGAAAAUUAAACCAGAUAUUAAAGUAUAUUGUGUAGAACCAGAAGGAAAAAAUUUGCAGCGCUCUAUUGAUUCCAAUAAGAGAUUAUGGGAUCCAAAUGCAGAUCCAGUAAAAACAAUAGCCGAUGGAAUUCGAGUUUUACGAAUUGGCGAAAAAUGCUUUCCUUCUAUUUAUGAAAAAUGUGAAAAGAAAGUUCUCACCGUAAAUGAUGACGAAAUUGCUGAAGCAUUGAAAUUGGUAUAUAAUAGAAUGAAGCAAGUAAUCGAACCAACAGGUGCAGUUUCAUUAGCGGCAUUAUUCAAAUAUAAGAAUGAACUAGCUGCUCAAAAUCUAAAAAAGAUAGGUGUCAUAUUUUGCGGUGGUAACAUCGAUUUAGAGAGAUUAUCAUCCUUCUUCUCAAAAGAAUGA